AUGUCGGUGUCCCAGUAUGAUGACCUUUUAGGCGAGUUCGCUGACAGCACAGUCUCCGGUACGGCCAAGACAAACACCAUUGGUGCCUUCGAUGAAGAUUAUGAUCCAUUUGGACCAUCUCCUGGAGCAGUUCAGUCUACAAACUUGUUGGAUGAUUCUGCAAGGGGCGAGAUCGAGAACGGUUACGCAAGUAAUGGUGUAGACCUUGAUUUGGAAACCAACCAGUCAUUAGAUUCUGCUGAUUAUUUUCACGACAUGAGUGCCAGAAACCAAUCUUCAUACUCACCCAACGAACCGGGGUCGGGCUCCGUUAACUUGCUCGAUGAUGUCGACUCCACCCAGUCUUCCAACCCAGUGUAUGAUUUCGGUGCCGAAGCCACAAGUGGCUCCGAACCUGCAGAUAAUUUAUUUGACGUGGACAAUGUUGGGGCCACAGAGAGAGCCGCAGAGGAAGUAGAUUUCUUGUCUGGGGCCAAUGUGCAGCAACACGAGGAUGUGGAUCUGCUGCAGACGAGCCAGCCCAGUUCCGGUGAUGCCGACCUUCUAGGAGAUUUCGAGGUUGUGCACAGGGAGGAAGCUGUGGAACAGAAGUACGAGCCUGAGACUGCGGAGGAUCAGCUGGAUCAGCCAGAGGAUUUAGAGGCAGAAGAAGAACAACAGCAAUAUGUUGAGGAGUAUCAAGAACAAGAGGAGAUUGCUGAAGAGGAUAAAUUCGAGGAAGUUGGCAGGGAAGAUGUGGCAUCUGCGAGGGUCAUCCCGGCGGUUGAAGUCACUGAAUCUCCUGAUCAAGGUGACAGCCAACAGGAGGAGAGUCUGGUGGGCGAGAUCAGCAAGGAAUAUAUCUCUGAAGUGGAAGCCAAAGAAGAAGCUGAAGUAGAAGAGGAAGAUGUCGAAGAGAACGUUGAAGAGGAACACGAAGAUGAAGUAUCUGCUGUUAGAGAGGAUUUUACAGAGGAUGUGGAACCACCAAGUAUUCUGACAACCGACACUGACCAGGACAGCCUUGUGGUGGACAGUUUGGACCAUGAUCGUCGAGAGAAAGACCUAGAGCAUUACUGUAUGGAUCGGGAGGAAUCGGAUCUCAUGGAGGAUAUAGAGACUGAGCACCACGUUGAUAGCCUGAAGCCCAGGGAGCAGAGGAGCCGCUCCCCGAGCAGGAGUAUCGGGCCAGACAUUCCGGAAGACAUCGAAAGGCGGCAGCCGAGUCCAACUCCGGACACCGACACCGCAGAGGACGUGGACACACUGAGACCCCGAGAGGAACGGAGCCAGGCGCCAAGCCGCAGCCCAGAACCAGUGGAGCAAGAUGAGGAUGAACAUGCUGCUGCCGAUAGUGGAUUAUCAUCCAGGGCUGCAGUCAAUGAAAACAGAAACGCUGGCUUGGAUGACCAACCAACACAAGAGUAUGUUCCAGAUCGUAGAGCAGAAGAAGGCAGUUUGAGCACGGAAAGAGCAGCAGCUGCAGCACGAGAUACUACCUCUUAUCCUGAACCCACCCAAGCCUCACAGGCUUCAUCGGGAGCCAGCCGGUCUCAGGCAGAAGAGGAGGAGGAAGAAGAGGAAGGCAUAUAUGAAAACCAGCCAGCCCAGCGAGAUGAUGUUGUGCGAGAGGCUGACACAGAUCGAACUGCAGAUCUUCCAGCUACAGGCACGGCCCACAACCUGCGAGAGAAGUUCAUCUUGGCCCAGCAGGAAGCGGCAGCACCAUCCAGAAGCACUCGGGAGAUCACCCCUCCAUCUCACGCCGUCGGUGGCGAAUAUGUCUCAGAACCCAGAGGCCACUUUGACAAAUAUGAGGGAAAACCAGAAUCUGGUAUCUUUGAAAGCCAGCCAGUGGUAAAAACCGAUGUGAUUACUUCCACCACACCACAGGAGGAAGCCAAAUAUACAUCUGGCCAUGCUAAAAGCACAGCAGCUAAGUUCAAGGAGAUUGAAAAUCAGACCUACACACCGUCUGGAAAGAGAGAACUGACACCAGACCGCUCGGGACAGGUGGAGUAUGUCUCUGAACCCAAAGCUCAGUUUGAGGUCUACGAAGGAAAGGCAGAGUCUGGUGUGUUUGAGAGUGAACCAGUGGUCAACCCAGACGUGAUCAGGGCUGGGGAGGAGGUGCAAGAGAAAUUGCCGGAGAGAGGUACCGCCAAAAACUUGGCAGAGAAAUUUCUCCAGAUUAGUGCGGAAACUGCCUCGUCACCAGUCAGUCCCCGGGGUAAACGGGAAAUUACUCCGGAUCGUUCCGGACGUGUUGAGUAUGUGAGCGAACCUAGAGGUGCUCAUACAGAAGAUUAUGAAGUCAAGGUGGAUGCCGGAGUCUUUGAAAACCAGCCACAGAGAAACUUGGAUGUCAUCACCUCAGAUACAGUUGCUGAGGAUGCAGUCCCUGAGAGAGGCUAUGCAAAAAAUGUGGCUGCCAAGUUCAAAGAGUUGGAAAUCACUGUCAAAUCGCCAUCAUUGUCACCAGGCCGGAGAAAAGAGUUCACGCCUCCAAGAGAAGAUGAGAGGUUCCAUCUGUCAGGAGUCGUAGAAAAUACUCCAGACUUCAAAUCUGACGUCAUCCAUGCUGACGACCACUUGGAGGACGCACGCCCAGAGCGGGGAACAGCCAAGAACAUGGCCCAGCGGUUCCGCCAGCUGGAGACAGAGAGUAAGACACCUGGCAGCUUUAGAGCCAAGAAGGAGUUCACACCCCCACCUGGAGACACAGGAGUCUAUGAGAACCAACCUAAGCAGUUCCAGGCCGACUACAACAAGCCACCGGAAUCUGGUAUCAUAGAGAACCAACCGCUGAAGCGAGAUGAUGUUGUUCGGGGCGACGAGCCCCCGAAAUUCGAGGAGGAGCUCCCAGAGAGAGGGGCAGCCAAGAAUCUGGUGAACAAGUGGAAGCAGUUGGAGACUGAAGGCACCAAAGUCAAAUCACCAGGCUCAGGGCGUCCCAAGGAAUUUACACCACCAAGAGAGGAACCAAGAAUAGCAGAGCAGAGGAAAUCUCCCCGAACUCCCCUCUCCCCCAGUGGAAAUGAACAGCUGGAUAACGGUUCAGUCCACCCAUCAGACCUUCCAGGACAGUACCAGCCACAGAAUGAACCAUCUGUGUUUGAGUCCACUCCCGAGCAGCGCUCUGAUGUUCUUCGAGAGGGCGACACAGACUGGGCCAAAGGCAUGCCCAAGAAGGACCAGGCCAAAAAGAUGUUGGCUAGAUUCCAGAAUCUCCAGGCCGAAGCCAACAAGCAGCCAUCCGGACCUGCCCCUCGCAAGGCCAAAGACGUUCGCAAUCAAUAA